GGCACUGAUUAUGGCCUUAAUUUUAACGAACAAUCUUUAUUUAAAUACAAACUGUCACUUUAUUGUAGUAACAGAAUAAGUUCUACUAAAUUCAAUAGGAGUUAAUCGGUUACUGCACAACGUUGACGAAACAUUUGCUGUCAAAAUGGAUAAAAAAGUGAAAAAUAAAUUGGAUAAGGAUGCCAAUGAUGACAAUGAAAUAAUGUUAAAAACUGAUCUGAUGAAAGGCACUGACUUUACCGAGACAACGAUAGAAAUAUCAGCUAACAAUGUUCUAGAUGAGAUGUCAGUAUUUUCUAUCUUUAAAAAUCUUGUUACUAUUGGUGUUGCAUUCAUGUUAUUAUUCAGCGCUUUUAACUCGUUCACAUUUUUACAAAGUUCAUUGAAUAAAGAAGAUGGUUUAGGAACAUCUGGACUAGCGAGCGUGUACGGGUCUAUGGUUUUGACGAACCUGUUUAUAACACCUUUAACUUUGGCUCGAUUUUCUGAAAAAUGGAUAAUAGUUGGAUCUAUGUCGACAUAUAUUGUGUAUGUCAUCACAGGGUUCUAUCCAGCUUGGUCAACUGUUAUACCUGGAUCGUUAAUCAUAGGUUUUGGUGCAGCACAUCUGUGGCUAGCAGUUCAAGCUUAUAUCACCGACAUUGCAAAACGGUAUGCAAUAAUAACCAAAACUAAAUUUCAAGAUAGAGUGCAUCUUUUCCUUGGUAUAUUUUACGCAUUCACAUAUACAAGUAACAUAUGGGGAAACUUAAUCUCAUCUUUUGUAUUUAGACGUACAACUGUCAAAAACACAACAUCCGAUAUAUUGGCAGUGUGUGGGCCAAAAUAUUGUCCGUUUAAAGAGAUGAAUAAUUCCAUAAUUACACCACCAACGCAUAAACAGGUUUACAUAUUCACAGGAUGCUGUGCUGGUAUGGGAUUACUGGCAUUAAUUCUAAUGCUACUUAGCCUCACAAAUACUUCUUCUGGUGGACACAAAGUAACCUCAGUAUUUAAGAAGCUAAAACUAGUAACCGUACAUAUAUUUACUUCAAGAAAUCAGUUUCUGCUGACCUUCGCAACAUUACUUGGCGGUCUUGCAAAUGGAUUUACUGCAGGUGAUUUCACAAGUGCAUAUAUAAGUUGUCCAUACGGCAUUGAAAGUGUCGGAUUUGUUAUGAUCACAUUCGGUGUUAGCCAGUCAAUGUUCAGUGUGAUUUUUGGAAAGCUUAACCAAUAUACUGGACAUAUUCCUAUUUAUAUAUUUGGAUUUAUAACGCAGAUGGCGGCCUAUGUAGCUUUAUUGCAAUGGACUCCGCGUGUUGAGGACUAUGCAGUUGUGUACAUUCUUGCCGCCUUGUUUGGUAUAGGAGGAGCAAUACACUCUCCUUUGGUUUCAGCAUUGUACAAUGUUUACUUCAGUAAGGAUAGGGAUGUUGCUUUAUCAAGUUUCCGAGUGAUAAGUUCAGCUGGUGGAACGAUAGCUUUUGGAUACAGCAGUUGGUUAUGUACAGUCUAUAAAGUGUAUAUUCUAAUAAGCCUAUUGAGCGUGUCACUUAUUACUAUUAUUCUGUUAGAUAUAUUGCACAGAAAGGACGUUAAACGAUCUAAAUGUUCAAUGAAAUAG